AUGAGCGCCUGGAAGAGCUCCAUGGUCAAGAUGGAAGCUCUGCUGACAGGAACUUCUCAGGCGAUCCAGCCUGGGAAACUACUGCUGGUAGCCUACUCCUGGCAUCUGUUCCCGCACAUCUUGGCCACAAUUUCGGGCAUGGACCUAAUCACUCAGGCCGACUUGGUCUUUUCCCUUAGUACCACAGUCACAGUCGGGUUGGAAGAAAGCCCGGUGAUGAAGAAGGCGAACAGUAUCUACUGGUCUCUACCACUGGCCCGCGUCCGGUAUGCCCUCGGAUCCAAAAGAAAGCUUGAUCAAUUCCUGGCCUUCUCGGGUUAUCGAAGGUGGCUGUGUGCUGGAGGUGGCUCGCAGGAAGAGUUUGAACAAGUGCAUCAAGCGUUUUACCGCUACCGUCAAAAUCCUGGCUACGACGAUCUCGAGAAUUUGAUCAGUCUAGAGCAGGAAAUGUUUCCUGAUGAGAUCGAACGAAAGGCGGUAGUUGAAGAUUACCUCUCGCGCAAGGCACGAUAUGAAUAUCAUGGGGAAGAGGUUCUUAAACGAGAUCUCCGACUCGACGAUUUCGGACGUCAAUGCGAGCCAUCUGACGACCAUCUAUGUCAUGCGAAGAUCCCUCAUUAUAUACUUUUCUAUGGCGACGAAGACUCAACGGGUUUUUUUGUUCUUGAUGAUUCACCCAAUAAUCUUACGAAAGAUUGGAUGGCCAGGUGUGACAUGCGGCAUUUCACUGCCCUUGUGGAGGCUCAAGGCAUCUCUGCUAGUGCUUUCGCAUGCGAGCUAUAUGAAACCCUGCAAACGCCCCAACUGUCAGGAGUCGGGAGUGCUGUCACGAGUGGUCAUUCCCACAUUACGCUCAAGGCCGUCUUCACCAUGAAUGAAACUCUAUAA